AUGUCUCAACAAGCUGAACACUUUGCUUUCGAAGCCGAUAUCCAACAAUUGAUGGGUUUGAUCAUCAACACUUUCUACUCCAACAAGGAAAUUUUCUUGAGAGAAUUGAUUUCCAAUGCCUCCGAUGCUUUGGAUAAGAUUAGAUACAUUUCCAUCACCGACAGCGAAAAAGCCAAGUUAGAAGUUGAACCUAACUUCAGAAUUAGAAUCAUUCCCGAUAAGGCCAACAAUACCCUUACCCUCUGGGAUACCGGUAUUGGUAUGACCAAGAAGGAAUUGAUCAACAACUUGGGUACUAUCGCUAAGUCUGGUACCAAGGCCUUCAUGGAAGCCCUCUCCAGUGGUGCUGAUAUUUCUAUGAUUGGUCAAUUCGGUGUCGGUUUUUACUCUGCUUACUUGGUUGCCGAAAAGGUCGAAGUUAUCUCCAAGUCCAACGAUGAUGAAUCCCAAUGGAGAUGGGAAUCCUCUGCUGGUGGUACUUUCACCGUCGUCAACGAUGAUGAAAACCCUGAAAAGCUCACCAGAGGUACCAAGAUCAUCCUCCACAUGAAGAACGAUAACUUAGAAUUCUUAGAAGAAAGAAGAAUCAAGGACUUGAUCAAGAAGCACUCUGAAUUCAUUGCUUUCCCCAUCGAAUUAUAAGUUGAAAAGACCGAAGAAAAGGAAGAAACCGACGAAGAAGAUGAAGAAAAGGAAAAGGAAGAUAAGGAAAAGACCGAUGAACCCGAAAUUAAGGAAGAAACCGAAAAGAAGGACAAGAAGAAAAAGAAAGUUAAAGUUGUCCACACUGAAUUCGAAGAAUAAAACAAGAACAAGCCUCUUUGGAUGAGAAAGCCCGAAGAAAUCACCAAGGAAGAAUACGUUAACUUCUACAAGUCCCUCACCAACGAUUGGGAAGAACACUAAGCUGUCAAGCAAUUCUCCGUUGAAGGUCAACUCGAAUUCAGAGCUAUCCUCUUCAUCCCCAAGAGAGCUCCCUUCGACUUAUUCGAAACCAAGAAGAAGAAAAACAACAUCAAGCUCUACGUCAGAAGAGUCUUCAUUAUGGAUGACUGCGAAGAACUCAUCCCCGAAUAUCUUAACUUCAUUAAGGGUGUUGUUGAUUCUGAAGAUCUCCCUCUUAACAUCUCCAGAGAAUUCCUCCAACACAACAAGAUCCUCAAGGUCAUCAAGAAGAACAUCGUCAAGAAGUGCCUCGACCUUAUCCAAGAAGUUGCUGAUAACGAAGAAGACUUCAAGAAGUUCUACGAACAAUUCGGUAAGAACCUCAAGCUCGGUAUCCACGAAGACUCUGCCAACAGAGAAAAGCUCUCUUCCUUCCUCAGAUAUCACUCCUCCAAGUCUGGUGAAGAAUUAACCACCCUCAAGGACUACGUCUCCAGAAUGAAAGAAGGUCAAAAGGACAUUUUCUUCAUUACUGGUGAAUCCAGAGCUGCUGUUGCUGCUUCUCCCUUCGUUGAAAGCCUUAGAAAGAGAGGUUAUGAAGUCCUUUACAUGGUUGACCCCAUCGAUGAAUACGUCAUCCAACAAUUAAAGGAAUACGACGGUAAGAAACUCAAGAACUGCUCCAAGGAAGGUCUUGAACUCGAAUAAACUGAAGAUGAAAAGAAGAAGUUCGAAGAAAAGAAGGCUGCCUACGAACCUCUUUGCAAGCAAAUCAAGGAAGUCCUCGGUGACAAGGUCGAAAAGGUCGUCGUUGGUCAAAGACUCGACGAAUCUCCUUGCGUCCUCGUUACUGGUGAAUACGGCUGGUCCGCCAAUAUGGAAAGAAUCAUGAAGGCUCAAGCUCUCAGAGAUGCUUCCAUGUCCACAUAUAUGAUCUCCAAGAAGACCAUGGAAAUCAAUCCCGAUAACGCCAUCGUCUAAGAACUCAAGACCAGAUCCGACAAGGACAAGGCUGACAAGACCGUCAAGGAUCUCAUCUGGUUACUCUUCGAAACCUCCCUCCUCACUUCUGGUUUCUCCCUCGAUGACCCCUCUUCUUUCGCUAACAGAAUCCACAGAAUGAUUAAGCUUGGUCUCCAAUUGGACGACUCUCACAUUGAUGAAGAAGUUCCCGGACUUAGCCAAGAAGCUGAAAAGACUGAAAACACCAACAACGCUAUGGAAGAUGUUGAUUGA